AUUUUUGCCUGACAUUGCCAGACUUCCACAACCUCAACCUUGAAACCCCAAUCGUUCGAGAACUAGCAGGGAGACCAGAACUCAAUUGAUCAUGGGUGGACAAAGCAGAGAAGGCGGCAAAGUCAAGCCACUGAAGGCUCCAAAGAAGGAGAAGAAAGAAAUGGACGAAGAUGAAGUCGCAUUCAAGGCCAAGCAAGCGGCAGACGCGAAAGCCCGGAAAGAGAUGGCCGACAAGGCAAAGGGGAAGGGCCCGCUGAACGCCGGCCAGCAGGGGAUCAAGAAGAGUGGAAAGAAAUAGAUGGGGCGUGUACAUGGCUUCCUUGUUUCGACGCCUGCAACGAUUUAUGAUUCGGGAGCGCGGCGCAGAUGGGUUGAGCUCGUUGAUUGACUAGACCGGUGAUGAGAGAUCAAAAUUCUGAACUGACCAGGAAAACCUCUAUCGACGAUAUUUGCGCCUUGCGCUGGCAUAUUCCAGUUUCCUGUCCCCAAAGUCCAUGCUGCUAACCUCCAUCUGUGCCCUCUUUGUAUUUCAAUGAUGCAUUCUGGUCAAGUCAGCCUCGCGGCUUGCGGCAAAGCAUCACCGAAGUGUUCCUGUACGAUGAUGACUAACUUGGAUUCGUCUUAGAAUCCUCCUGCCAUCUCUAUAUCCUGAAGGAAUGAAGGAACUCUGGUCCUCGAUCAAAGUCUACACAGGGAAUGCCGCGGAGGGAACUGAAGGCAGCAAUGCAACUAGGAUAUCGGCAGGCUUGGCGGUAUAGACUUGAUUGAUUUUGCCAAACCAA